UGUUUUUAAAAAAAUUAAAAUAAAUAUGGAAAGUAAACUAUUUUUGGAUGCUGAUGCCUCUAUUCUGGAAAAGAAUUUAAAGAUUAUAAAUGACUCAGAAGAAGAACAGUUUGAAAAUUUUUUACACCAGACUGCAUUGCCAAGCAGAAUCGUAAAACCAAUGCCUGGAUUUUGCAUAAAAUCUAGAGAAUUGGGAACAGACACUAAAUUGUUUAUUAAUAUUUGUCAGACUGAUGCUCUACCUGCCCCUAUAGAUAUUUCUGAAGCAGAAUUGAAUGAAAUCUUAACCACAGAUGAUCCUUCCCAGUUUCGUGUACCUAUGAGCAUUGGAAACGUAAGAACAGAAACAGAUAAAAAAGGAAACACUGCUAAAGCUGUUGAUGUAGCAAUAAACUCAACUUUUUUUAAUAAGGUUGAACAGAGUUCUUUAUUUAAAGAUUUCUUAACAGCUGUAGCUUUUGAGGGUGUCAAAAAUAAGUAUAACAUUGCCACAACGGAUGAAAGAGUAAUUCUAAGGAAUAGAAAAGCAUUUGGUACUCUCCAAGUACACAGAAUACAGCAAAGAGAUAUUGAAGAGAAGAUAAAUAAUAAUAAAGAAAAAUCAAUUUUCAAUAGUAUUACUAAAACCAACAAUACAAAAGACAUUAGACCUCUGAUUGAGACAAUUUCAAGUACUGAGCUUGAAAAUGCUAUGACUGGCACAAAAAAGCCACAGUAUCGUUUGUACAAGCCAAAAACAGCACAAAAUGUUCUUCUAGGAGAAUUUAGAUUUCCUGAUAUUUUUAAAUCAGAAGAACUUACUUUAGAUGUUGGUGAAGAUAGAAUUAUAUUGGAAUGUAAAACAAGAAAUUAUUUAUUAGACAUAUUUCUUCCAUGUCUUUUAAAUCAAGAACUAGUUCAGUCAGAAUUUAACAUUGAUUCAAAGAUCUUAACAAUAACAAUGCCACUGAAGGAAAAUGUAUGCAGUUAAAUUAUAUUUAUUUUAGUAACAUAAAUUCUGUUUAAAAUUUAUAUUAUAAUUACAAUAAUACUAAUAUAGUAUU